CUUUUCAUUCACAUUUUGUACUUUUACAAAUAUGCCCUUAUAUAACAAACUCGAAGAUUAACGGAAUUUGACGGAGAAUGAUAGGAUUUUCAUGACUCUUCCCAUCAAGGACGAGCCGCGACUCAUAUUAAUGUUGAAAAUUGAAAUUAAAAUUCAUUACUUAUAUUGGAAGUUACGUUAAUCCCUAAGGCUCAUGUUUCGGUGCGCAAGUCAAAUCACCACUAACCGAAAAAGAGAGAAAAAAAAAAAAAAAAAUCAAAACCAAUGCACAAGGCCAUGAGCUAGGGUUUCAGAAACCUGGGAAAAUCCGUUGAAUUACAUCCAUGGCGAUCAUCGGCGAUGCGCUCCGGCAAGCCUUCAUGCCGAAGCACGAGUACGAUGCGCUCCGCGAAGAAGACAAAGCUUGGAUUCACCUUCAAAGACCACUCUUAAUUUGCAGUUUGGCCAUCGUAACCUUUGCUAUUGUUAUCUCUACGGUCAUUAGUUUGAACAUUGUGUUUCCUGGAAAUAGCGCAAAGCGGCCGUUCUGCGGCGAUCCACGGCUUCAGCAGCUCUCCGUCAGUGCUGCCAAAGGAGGCGAUUCGGAUCUUUUUCCCGGUGCUUUUUAUCUUACGGAUCAAGAAACUGCGGAUUAUUACUGGAUGGUUGUGUUCAUUCCCUCCAUGUUGAUUUUCUUCGCCUCGUCUGUUUACCUCUUGGCAGGAAUGACUGUUGCUUAUUCUGCUCCAACAAGACAUGGCUGUUUAAAGGUGGUUGAAAAUAACUACUGUGCUUCAAAAAGGGGAGGUGUACGUUGUCUAUCCAUUCUUAACAUUGUGUUUGCUAUCAUCUUUGGUCUUCUUGCACUGUUUCUUGGUUCCAGUCUCCUAACGCUUGGGAGCAGCUGCUCCAUAACCUUGUUUUGGUGCUAUGAGGUUGGGACAUGGGGGCUAGUCUUACUAUAUGGGGGAACUGCUUUCUUCUUAAGAAGGAAAGCUGCCGUAAUCCUAGAUGAAGGUGACUUUGCUGGUAGAAAUCUCGGCCUGGAAAUGUUGGAAGCCAGCCCCUUGGAAGUGAACCCAGAUGUGGAAAGGCGUGUUAAUGAAGGCUUUAAGGCCUGGAUGGGGUCAUCCCUCCUAUCCUCUGAUGAAGAAGAUGAACCUGACAGCUACCAGGAAGUUGUUUAUCCAACCCCUACUAACUCCUACAGACGAGUGUGACAGCUUUUUAUCAAGUGUUAUGAACCUUUUUUUUUUCCAGGCUUUGGCAUCGACAGAGGAUGGAAUUCCAUCCUGGAAUGCUGAAGGCAUCAAUGAUUCUUCCAUGGUUUAACUGGUGUCACACACAAACGAAGAGCUGCAAGACAAGGCUGAUAAAACGAGGGGUUGGUAAGCCUGUUGAAUUGCUGGUCUGCUGCAUCUCUACCCUUGUAGGUAAAUCUUAUGACUUGUAAAAAAUUUUACAGAGCGAAACAUGUACCACUUUUUUAGCUACAUUAAAGGAAAUUGCUCUCUCUCUUGCUGAGCUUGCGUAUUUUACACUA